UGAGUGAAAGGAUGAUGUUUUCGAUUUCGUGUGUCAAAACGUAUUGAAAAUUUGUAAACAAUGAUAAAAAUUAUUUAUUACAAUUAUUCUAAAAAGAUAUCUUGACGAAACCUAAAAGUUUAAUAUAAGAAAAAUAGUUUACUACUAUCAGUUUUAGUUCACAAUAAUGAUGAAAUGCAUAGUUCCUGGAUGCCGCUCGAAGGAAAAUAAAUCCAGAGCUAAUUUCUAUAACGUCCCGUCAACCGGUUACAGCGUGUUCAGAGAAUGGAAAAAGUUUUUGAAUUUAUCUGAAUGUAGAACAGAAAAAAUUUGCAGGCGUCAUUUCACUGUUAAAGAUUUUAAUAUUCAUAAUCGUAUCGAAUUGAAAGAUGAUGCUAUUCCGUCAUUAAGAAUUCCACAGAGUGGUCCGAAGGUAGAUAUAGAAGGAGCUUGCUGUGUUUUUCGAUGCGGAACAAAAAAUAGUAAGAAAUUGCGAAAGUUUCCAUCACGGAAGGCUAUUUUGAAUAGAUGGUUGCAAACAUUAGAAAUAGGAGAACAUGUUACAACUAAGCAUAAAAUUUGUUUGCGGCAUUUUACUGUCAACGAUUACGUUAAAGUUACGAGGAGAUACCUAAAACCAAGCGCUAUCCCAUCAAAACAUAUGAAAAAACUUGUCAAAUAUCCCAAACGAUUUCAACGUGCUAAAGUACCGCCUUCACAUUUAUGGGAUCACAACUACUGUGUGUACUAUAGAACUCGUCUUACUACGAAUCGAGUAUGUUACGUUAUGGGUUGUUCUUCGAGAGCAUGCAAAGGAAUUUCUUUACAUAAAUUUCCAAUAAAAAAUAAUUCACUUUUUAAAUCAUGGACAAAAGCUUUGCAAUGCUCCGUAAUGCCAACGAAAAACUCACGUGUUUGCAGUAAGCACUUUCGGAAAUCGGAUUUUGUUCAACGGGGACGAGUUUUAAAAAAAACAGCAAUUCCUAUCAAUAAAUCCUCUGCUACAACGAUGUACGGAAUAAAUAGUGUUGAAUGUUCUGACCUUUCUUUAUGCGACGACAACAGUGUGGAGGAUUUGUCCACGUCAAAAAUCACUAACUCACCACCCCAGAGUAGCUCUCAUGAUACCGAGAAUAAUCUGAAAAUGACCAUAAUAAAAAAUUCAUCGUGUGAAACCAACGAAAUUGUCAUUUCACCCGCUGAAGAAGCAACUGCUGACGUCGAUGUGCAAGUAGACAAUUAUUACGGUCACAUAGUUCAAGAAACUGUAAAGAAUGUUCAAAAAGAUAACAGCUUGAUUCUUUCCGAUCUCCUGCAAACAGACUUUGAGACUAACAUUUGGACCGGAAUUUCGACACUUGAACAAUUAGAAGAGAUAUGUUUGGCAGUUAAAACUUUAGAAGAUAAUUUGUAUCCCAGAAAAUUUAAAAUGCAUGCAACUUAUCGCGUAAUUUUGUCUCUGGCCAAACUCAAGCAAAAUAUUUCGUAUGAAGCAUUGGGUACUUUAUUUCGUAUAUCAGGUGUAACAGUAUCGAAAUAUAUUUCCCACACAAUUCAAAUGUUGGCACGUGUCUUGAGACGUUUUGUUUAUUGGCCGUCCAGAGAAGAGCUUCAAAAGAAUGUACCUUUGUGCUUCCGCGAGCAUUUUACCAACGUAACUGUUGUGUUAGAUGCCUUUGAAGUACCGGUUGCUACACUUAAAUGCCUCAACUGCAGAAUUUCGUGCUAUUCGCACUACAAAUCCCAUCGCACGGUAAAAUUUCUUGUUGGUGUGUCAUCUGGAUGAAUUAUAACAUUUAUAAGCAAAGCAUAUACAGGGUAUUCCUCAGAUAAAUAUAUUUUCAAUAGCGAAAGAUUAAUAGAUCGUCUAGAGCCUCACAUUGAUGAGGUAAUGGUUGAUAAAGGCGUUUCAAUAGAAAAUGAAUGCUCUAACAAAUGUAUCAAAUUACAUGUACCACCAUUUUUAAAAGGCGAGAGACUGACGGCUAAUGAAGCUAGUAGAAACGAAGCAAUUGCACGGGCCAGGGUUCAUGUUGAACGUGUAAUACAACGAAUCAAAAUUUUCAAGAUCUUUACGAAUACUAUUCAUAAUACUAUGCUUAACAACAUAGAUGACAUAAUGCUAGUAGUAUGUGGGAUCGUUAAUUUAACUGCUCCGAUUUUAAGUGAAGAUAAGUUUUAAAUACAUUAACACUUUAUUUAUGUUUA